AUGGAAUUUGCCCGUCGCUUUUCUCACACGAAUGAGAUGCUUCAGGGUUCAUCAUACAAGGAUGCACGGGGGCAGUCUCUGAGUCUGCACGUGGAAACAAAGACGACAAGUCAGGAGCUCCACCCUGAUUUGAAUCCAACAACGAGCCCCGUUCUAAGUUCACGCUCGGCGCCAUUGUCUACUCCCCGUGACGAUUCACAGCGUCGUCGUCGCAGCAAUUCGGAAUGUCUAUUGCUCGCAAAGACGCGCAGUGGCCAGGAAUUACCAGGCCCGUGCCAGGAAUACAUCAGCAAUGUGAAGCAGAUUUUAGCUCGUAACGAUGACCAGCUGAUGCAUUUGAAGCGACGCCGCAGUAUGAACCUCAGUCAUCCAACACUGUUUAAGUGA